AGGAACUUUGCUUUAUAUAUAUAUAUAGUGUUUAUUCUCCUCCUCUUCUUAACCGUCUUCCCGUAUUCAACUCGCGUGCAUUGCAGUUAGACCAAGCGAGAAAGGGAAGAGAAUCAGAGAGAGAAAGCAUUCCCAGGGAGGAACAGAGAGAAGAGAGAGAGAGUCUAGAGAGAGAAAGCAAAGCCCAAACACCCCCUUUUCACCAUUGCAAUUUUCGUUCCAUUUUAGAGAACCCCCAUUUUUUUUUUUUAAUUAAUUCUUCUGGGAACUGGGCAUUUUGUGAUCAUCAACUGGGUUCUCUCGAUCUCCAUCUUUCUGGGUUUCACUUUUUCUCAUCAGAUCCUCUUCUGUUCGUCUUCUUCUUCUUUAUCACCUUUUCUCUGCGUUUUGAACCCCAUUUUUUGAAUACCCAGUUGUGUUUUUUCUCUGGAUUCUGCUUUGUGGGUGUGUGUUUUUCCAAGCAAAGGUUCAGUUUUUCAGAGUGGGAAAGUGGAAAAGGGAUUGAUUCCUAUCUGGGUUUUGAUGCGAUUGUUGUUUUUGAGGGCAAUGAUGUCCACCUUAAGAAUGUCGUUAUGAAGUAAUAUGGAAGUGGUCGUCAUACGGUUACAACAACAUCAACAACAUCAUCAGCACCACCACCAACAAGAACAACAACAACAGCAAAAACUCAAACAAGAAGAACAUGUCGCUUUACAUUGGUCGCGAAGCUUCCAAGCUAUGGAAGAGAGUUUGUGCAGAAACAACUACAGAGAUCAACCUCCUGGCGGAGAAUUGGAAGUACCUUCUCGCUGGUCUUGUUUUUCAGUACAUACACGGUUUGGCUGCCCGAGGAGUUCAUUAUUUACAUAGGCCUGGCCCAGUACUACAGGAUCUUGGAUUCUUCCUCCUUCCGGAGCUUGGGCAAGACAAAGCUUACAUUAGUGAAACUCUUUUUACCUUUAUCUUUUUAUCCUUUAUCCUGUGGACAUUUCAUCCUUUCAUAUUCAAGAGCAAAAAGAUCUAUACAGUUCUAAUAUGGUGCAGGGCUCUGUCUUUCUUAGUUGCUUCUCAAGCUCUUCGCAUAGUGACAUUUUAUUCAACGCAGCUUCCUGGUCCAAACUACCAUUGCCGUGAGGGAUCUAAACUUGCUACACUGCCUCCUCCAGAUAGUGUCCUUGAAGUCCUCUUAAUUAAUUUUCCUCAUGGCGUGAUAUAUGGAUGUGGUGAUUUGAUAUUUUCAUCACACAUGAUCUUUACUCUAGUCUUUGUUCUUACAUAUCAGAGAUAUGGCACAAGAAGGUGGAUAAAGCAGCUAGGGUUCUUUCUUGCUGUGGUUCAGAGUCUUUUGAUUAUAGCAUCCCGCAAACAUUAUACAGUUGAUGUAGUUGUUGCCUGGUACACUGUUAAUUUGGUGGUAUUUUUUAUUGAGAAGAAAUUGCCAGAAUUGCCAGACCGGACAGCUGCAACCCUACUGCUCCCAUUGAGCACCAAAGACAAAGAUGGAAGGACCAAAGAAGAGAACCACAAAUUAUUGAAUGGGAAUUCUGUAGACCCUGCAGACUGGAGAACUCAAGUAAAUGGGAAGAUUAUGGAAGAUGGCAAUGCACUCCUUGCUGACUCUGCAAAGAAUGGUGCAUAGAUAUAUGAGCUUGUGUUGUAAAAAGUGGAUCUGCUGCAAUAUUGUCAUUGGAAAGCCACAACCAUCAGUUAGAAGAUUUUGUUACCUGGAAUAUUAGUAGUAGCCUGAUUUGUAUUAAUGACAUAGUAACUGGGUAUUGCAGCCCUGAUCCAUUGUCAUAGUUAAACUAUCCAAUCCAUUUUGCCUCCAUUUUGAGUACCGUCUGCAUACUGUAUUUCUAGUAUUUGGUUUUGGUGCUUUUAUCUCCAUGCUGUUACAUUAUGAGGAAAUCCUUUGUAAAGUGUAAUCAGAAUUUCUAAUGUAAAGAGUUAAUUCGAUUUCUGGACCAAUAAUUUAAGUAAAA